AUGGCUUCUCUCCGUGCUUUCGCCGCGCUCGCCGGCGUUGUUGCGCUUACAGUUGCUGCUCCUGUCCCAGAGCCUGAACUCGCCGAACGUCAGGACACCUCUGCCCCCUUUCUGCACAGCGCUGCGGUCGCUCAUGGCAAGGCUUGGUUCGGUUCUGAGCUUGAUACCUUUUCUGGCGAGCAAUAUGACCAGGCCUUCAUGACGGUUUGGAAUGACAGCCGUAUCUUCGGCUCCACAACGCCUGGCAACACGAUGAAGUGGGAGUUCGUGGAGCCACAGCAGAAUACGUUCAACUUCAGCCAAGGCAUGCAGACGGUCGCCCUUUCUAAAGCAACCGGCAAGGACGCCCACUUGCGCUGCCACAAUCUCGUCUGGCACGAGGAACUUCCUAGCUGGGUUGUAUACCAACCCUACGACUCGUGGACCAACAUCACGCUUGCAGCAGCCAUGAUCAAUCACAUCACGAAGACUGUCAGGGGUUUUGGUAGCAACUGCUACAGCUGGGAUGUCGUUAACGAGGCUAUUGAUGACAACGCACAAUGGCGCAAUACAAUCUUCUAUCAGUACAUGGGCAAAUACUACAUUCCCAUCGCUUUCGCCGCAGCUCAGGCCGCCGUCAAGAGCAUUGGGGCAGACAUCAAGCUCGUAUAUAACGAUUACAACAUCGAAUUCCCAGGCGCCAAGCAACAGAAGGCUGUGGAAUUGGUCCAGCUGAUCAAGCAGUACGGCAUCAAGAUCGACGGAGUCGGCUUCGAGUCGCACUUCGUCUUUGGCGAGACUCCCGGCGCUUCUGCCCAGAUGCAGGCUAUGCAGUCUUUCACCUCGCUGGGCCUCAACAUGUACCAGACUGAGCUCGACGUCCGCUUCCCCAGCCUACCGCCAACUCCAGCCACUCUGGCUCAGCAAGCUAGCGACUACUACAACACCAUCCAAGCGUGCAUGAAGACUCCAGCAUGCCAGGGUAUGACUGUUUGGGACUUCGAUGAUGCUUACUCUUGGGUGCCGAGCACAUUCGCAGGGCAAGGCGAUGCUUGUCUUUACUGGGCCAACUUGACCCGCAAGCCGGCCUAUGAGGCAGUGUAUCAGGCCAUCACUGAUGUGAACUGCACUGUCUGCUAG